AUGAAUUUGAAGACCGAGAGGAAAGAAAUGGACGUUAGAAAAAGACUGGUCGAGAAAGUGUCUUCGGGAGCCUCAAAGUUCAUUCUCGCUUCUUUGAACUCUGACUGGCAAGAAUGCCUCGAUAUUUUUGAGGACCUCAAAAGUUUCCAAGAGACGUCAUAUUUCGGAUGCACGUUUCUCCACGCAGCUGCUUUGAACGAGAAGUAUGGAUAUGAUAUCAUCAAGCAAUUUAUAUCAAUCGAGAAAGAAGACGAUAAAAGGGACUUAGAUGGAGAUGAAGCGAUUCACUAUGCAAUCAUGGCUAAAAACUUAAAAACAGCAGAACUAUUGCUACAGAUGUUUCACAGUCACAAGACGAAUUUGAUGUAUUUGCUUGUGGAGCAGAAUAGACUGGAGCUUGCGAAAACAGUGCAUGAGUUCAACAAGGAUCUGAUUAACGAACUCGACCCUGAAGGCAGGAAUGCUCUACAUCUAGCGGCAGAGUACGCGGACAACGAAAUGUACAAAUGGCUAAUGGAAGAAAAUGUCUUCGACGUGAACGCCAAGAGCGGAUCGGGAAAAAGUCCUCUACAUUUCGCCCUUAUAGCAGAAAAAACCGACAUUGCUGAAGAUUUGGUGCUGAAAGGAGCAGAUUUAAAGGUGAAGCAUGGCGAGGACAACCUUCUACACUACUGCAUCAAGAAGAAUAAACUGAGGAGUGUCCAAUUCGUUCACGAACAUGAUGGCGAGCUAAUCAAGGAGAAAGAUCAGGAAGGGAAAGUUGCCAUUCAAAUCGCGGCUCAGUUCGCGGACUUGGAAAUAUUCAAGUGGCUCAAUUCAAUUCUCAUAAAGAGUGGCAGUCCAUAUGCAACAUUGCUCAAAAAUGAGGUUCCUCUCAUCCACUGCCUGUCGAUCGCGCCACCAACCAAACUCAUUAAAUUCUUGUUUGCAGAGGGCAAAUAA